ACCCGACACGGUUCGUUUUAACAAACAACAUGAGUUAUAGAAAAGACUCCGACAGCGUGGAGCUCGGGGAGUGCACCAGAAACCCGGGUUACAAGGAUGCAGACGGAGACGGGCCAGCAGCGAGGGACAACAUCAGCGUCUCCGACAGCGAGGAGAAGCGGGACUCCAUCGGCGUGAAGCGGCUCUCGGACGCGCGAGAUGAGUACACGCAGAUCAAACCGUACGCCGGGAUGCCUAAGGAGGUGCUGGUGCUGUACUCCUCUAAGGCCCGGUACCGAGUGCCCCGAGAGAUCCUGUUCUGGCUAACGGUGUGCUGCACCCUGGCUCUGGUGGCGGUCACCAUCGCGGUGAUCGCGCUUUCUCCGAAGUGCCUGAGCUGGUGGCAGGCCUCCCCGGUGUACCAGAUUUACCCCCGGUCCUUCAAAGACUCCGACGGGGAUGGGGUGGGAGACCUCAAAGGCAUCAAGGAGAAGCUGGACCACUUUGAAUACCUUAACAUCAAGUCAAUUUGGAUCAGCCCUUUCUACCGUUCUCCCAUGAAAGACUUUGGGUAUGAUGUGGAGGACUUCCGUGAUAUUGAUCCACUCUUUGGAACCAUGAAGGACUUUGAGGAACUCCUGGCAACAAUGCACAGCAAAGGUUUGAGGCUAAUCAUGGAUUUCAUUCCCAAUCAUACCAGUGAUCGACACCGCUGGUUCAACUUGAGCCGGACUAGAGAUCCUCACUAUGAGGAUUAUUACGUGUGGACUGACUGCAAACCAGACGGACCGAAGCCUAAUAACUGGGUGAGUAUCUUUGGGAACUCAUCAUGGACAUACGAUGAAGUUAGAGGGCAGUGCUACCUCCACCAGUUUCUCAAGGAGCAACCAGACCUGAACUUCAGAAACCCAGAUGUCAUCAAUGAGAUGAUUGAUAUUAUUCAUUUCUGGCUGGAUAAGGGAGUGGAUGGCUUCAGAAUGGAUGCAGUGAAGCACAUGCUGGAGGCUCCACACAUGAGGGAUGAACCACAGGUUGAUCCAAACAAACCACCCGAGUUGGUAACUACAGAGUGGGAUCUCCACAGUGACUACACCACCAGUCAGGUGGGCUUGCAUGACAUACUGAGGGAGUUUAGAGCACAGAUGGACAUCUACAGUCAAGAGCCUGGCAGAUACAGAUUCAUGGUAAUAGAGUCAUACGAUUAUGAAGAGGUGUACAAGACCAUGAUGUACUAUGGCACCAAGCUGGAAAAGGAAGGUGACUUCCCCUUUAACUUUUACCUGCUGGAUCUACCCCAAAACACCAGUGGAGUAUGGGCUAAGCAUCUGGUCCACCUCUGGAUGGGCAACAUGCCCAAAGGAAAAUGGCCCAACUGGGUGGUUGGAAACCAUGACAGGACUCGGAUUUCUUCCAGUGCUGGUCAACUCUAUGUUCGUGCCAUCAACAUGCUGCUGCUGACCCUUCCAGGCACAGCCACCACCUACUACGGCGAGGAGAUCGGCAUGGAGAACAUUAACGUGACAGCAAGUCAGAUACAAGACCCAGCCGGCAAAUACAAUACAAGUGCCAGUCGAGACCCUCAGCGAUCUCCAUUGCAGUGGAAUGCUAACAUGAACGCAGGUUUUAAUGAUAAAACAAAUCUCACCUGGUUGCCACUACACCCCGAUUAUGAAACGGUCAACGUGGAGGCCCAGAUGAAAGAUGAUGGUUCUGUUCUGGCUCAGUACCGCUUCCUGAACACCCUGCGUCAAUCAGAGCUCCCCCUUAACCGUGGAUGGUUCUGCUACGUCCACGAUGAUGCCAAUGUCUUCUCUUACAUCAGAGAGCUUGAUGGACUUAAGCGAGCUUUCCUCAUAGUGGUUAACUUUGGUAAAGAAUCAGCUAUCACAGAUCUCUCCUCUGUUCGUGAGCUGCCAGAUGAGUUGAAGGUGCUGAUGAGCACCAACAAAGCCAAUGAUGGCAAAGUGCUUCCAAAGUCUCGCAUCCAGACAGAAGUAGGAGAGGGUUUGGUGAUUCAGUACUCCACCAACACUCGGUUUAAUCCCAACCAUCCUGAAGAGUGCUACAUCUCUGAGAAGGCUUGCUAUUUGGAGACCAUAGGCAUACUUUAUAAAUGUCAGUAAAAAUGGAGAUGAGUAUCCAAUAACUGCUGUAUUAUG